ACUCAGGUGUAAGCUGAUCCCCCACCGCGAGCGGCGACCAGAGAGCGGCGCGGUUUCGGUCCGUGGGUUCUCCUCUGCCAUCGCCUGGAGCACAGCAGCGAAACCGUCCACCAUGUCGAUGGGUUUGGAGAUCGGCGGUGUGGCCUUGUCAGUGCUGGGUUGGUUGUGCAGCAUCAUCUGCUGCGCACUGCCCAUGUGGAGGGUGACGGCCUUCAUCGGCAACAACAUCGUGACAGCCCAGAUCAUCUGGGAAGGGCUGUGGAUGAACUGUGUGGUGCAGAGCACGGGCCAGAUGCAGUGCAAGGUCUACGACUCCAUGCUGGCCCUGCCACAGGACCUGCAAGCUGCCCGCGCCCUCCUGGUGGUGGCCAUCGUCUUGGCCGCCCUGGGUUUAAUGGUGGCCAUCGUGGGCGCCCAGUGCACCCGCUGCAUAGAGGAUGAGAGCACUAAAGCCAAGAUCACCAUUGCCUCCGGCGUCAUAUUCAUCCUCUCCGGCAUCCUGACCCUCAUCCCUGCCUCCUGGUCGGCCAACACCAUCAUUCGGGAUUUCUACAACCCACUGGUGCUCGACGCGCAGAAGCGGGAGCUGGGUGCCUCGCUCUACGUGGGCUGGGCAGCCUCUGCCCUCCUGCUGCUGGGGGGGUCCCUGCUCUGCUGUUCCUGCCCCCCCAAAGAAGACAGCUACACCACCAGCAAGGUGGCCUACUCUGCCCCGCGCUCUGCUGUCACCAGCUACGACAAGAGGAACUAUGUCUGAGCCCCCUCGGGACCCCUCUAAACCCUCCACCCCCCUCCCCGGGAUCCUCAUCACCCUCCGUGGGGACAGGGGACAGCGGCACCGGGGUGGGGGGGGGCGCGAAGGUGGGGACGGGGACGGCCGCCGGGUCAGGGCCGGGCUGUGUAAAUAGAGACGGUUUCGGUUAAACAAGAGGCAGUUUCGGGUCGGCGGGAGAAGCGGUGCCCGCUGUGCCCCUGCCCACACCGAAGGGACAGGAUGGGUAUGGGGAAAGGGGUGGGGACGGUGCCCCCCCCCCCCCCGGUGUCCCUCCCCCCACACUGCUGCCGUCCGGGCACUGUCUGUCCCUGUUACGCGUGUUCUGUACCGGUUACAUUUGUCAAUAAACGUGUCCUGUUUUGGUA